UUGAAUUAAGUCAACCAAAUGAAACUUGAAUAUUUAUUUGCGCGCGUGUUCGGCGAAACCGGAGUUAAUUUUUGUAAUUUAGUGAUUGGAGGAAAAACAUCGACGGUUAAAGGUUCAGUGCUUGGAUUUUUAGAAAAAUUUCAUAAGUGUAGCCAGAUUUUUCUCGGCCAUCUGCGGGGUAGCUGACCACGAGACAUGACUUCCGCACAUGGAGAUAGUGAAGGAAACGAACACAACACUCGAAGCCCAAAUUUUGCUCUAGGCGCCACAGAAAAAAGUGGUUUUGACGGUGGCUAUUCGUGGGUAGUAUGCAUUGCAGGAUUUUUUAUCCAAUUAAUCGUUUGUGCUCAGGGGAACCUUUCUGGAUUGAUAUUUAUGGCACUGUUGGAUGAAUACAACAACACUAGCCGGGGUCAAACUGCCGGGGUAACCGCUCUCGCAAUGGGCGUAUCAGAUGGAUUUGGAAUGAUUCCCGCCAUCCUUUGUAACCGGUUUGGAUUUGCUAACAUUAUCAUGCUUGGUGGAGUGACAUGCGCAGUUGGAUUGUUUACCUCUUCGUUUGCGCCGAACAUCUUCGUACUUUAUUUGACUUACGGCUUAGUCUGGGGAUUUGGCUCGUGUCUUUCUUACCUUAGUGCUUUGUUUCUACUUCCACACUUUUUUCACGCGCGAAUUGGCUUAGCCAAUGGGAUCGUAUUUUUUGGAGCACCAGUUGGUACUUUAGCUCUGACUCCAUUUGUUGCUUAUCUGCUGCCCAGUGUUGGGUUGGCCAGAACGUUUCAAAUAUUAGCUGGGUUGCAGCUUGUAGUUGUGUUUUGUGGAUUAAUGAUCAGACUUGCUCCUCCUCCUUCUAAAUCAGACCAACUACGCAUUAAAAAUAACGGGAAAGGUGGGUUUGAUUGGACAAUAUUCACUAACAAAGGUUACAUGACUUUUGUGGGAGCCUUAUGCCUCUUUAUGCCUGUCUACUUGGUACCAUACGUGCAUUUGGUUAGACUUGCUUUAGACUCUGGCGUCGAAUCUUUUAAAGCAGCUCUUCUAAUAAAUUUUGCAGCGUUUGGAUCAGUGACAGUGCGGCCCUUUUUCGGAAAGCUAAUGGACAUGCGCCGUGUAAACUGUUUGACUGCACUGCAAAUUACCCUUCUACUUAUAAGUGUUUCCACAACACUCGUUCCCAUAGCGACUAAUUAUGAAUGGUACGCAACUUAUGCAUUUCUUUAUGGAUUUCUGGAAGGAUGUUUUGUGAUUUCAUUACCGUUAAUCGUGCAAGACCUGGUAGAAGAGAGCAAUCAAGCCUUCGCUCUUGGAACGCUGUUCUGCUUUCGCUCCAUUCCAAUGACCGCGGGUCCAUCGAUCGCGGGCUGGAUAUAUGACGUAACCCUUAGUUAUGACGUAGCAUUCUUCAGCGCAGGUGUGGUCACCAUACUCUCCACAUGUUCGAUGUUCUUGGUUCCACUAUUAAAAAAUAAGUCGUAUUCUAAGCAAAGAGAAAUUGUUCAACUAAUAAGAAACUCUGAGCCUUGUCACGAGGAAAACAUUGUGGCAAAGGAAACUUGUUUAUGAAGAAACUGUAGGGAAGACGUACAUUUAGCAUAUGAGGAGUAAGGAAAGGGGUGAUAUAAACAUGUGUCGGUCAUCUCCGACCCUUAAACACAAACUUGUUGUGUAGUCAAGUGCAAACGUUUCUUGUGAAAAUGAGUUUUGUUAGUAUCGUAUUGAUCAAAUAUUUUCAUAUCA